AAAAAAUAUAUUAUGGCAGACGUUCAAUCAUAAAGAGCAUUCUAAAAAUAAGAAGGCAUUUUCUAAAACUCCAAGAAACUCUUAGCUAAGAAGACUUCCAAAGGUGUUAGAUAUUGGAAAGAAGUUGGUUUGGGAUUCAAAGUACCAAAGGAGGCAAUUGAGGGAAAUUUCAUUGAUAAGAAAUGUCCAUUCACAGGAAAUGUUAGUGUUAGAGGAGCAAUAUUAAAGUACAAUUGAAAAUGAAUAAAUUAUAGAGGAAUUGUGAUUUCUACAAAGAUGACAAGAACCAUUAUCAUUAGAAGAGAUUAUUUACACUAUGUUGCCAAAUAUAAUAGAUAUGAAAAGAGACAUAGAAAUGUACCAGUACACAUUUCUCCAGCAUUUGGUCCUGUUAAAGAAGGAGAUAUUGUUGUUUGUGGAUAAUGCAGGUAUUAAUGAUUUAAUAUUAAGACCAUUGUCAAAGACUGUAAGAUUCAAUGUUUUGAAAGUAAUUCCAAAUGAAAUCAUUGGUAAUGUUAGAAAGCAAUUUGUUUUGUUCUGAUUUGCAUGGAUAUCUAUAUAGUACAAUAUCAAAAUAAUUUAUGCAUUUAAU